CCCUUAUUUGCUUGUGUAAAGUACACACCAGACACUUGGGUGUGGCUCGGGUGCAAGCAUAUUUGCUGUCAUUGAAUAGCGGAGGGGGUUUUGGAUGACUGACUGACUGACUGACAGUCUGUUUGAAGGGUGUUGUCCUCACCAUUUAAAAAAAGAAGAAAAGGAAAAACUCCUCCCCCUCCUCUUUUCCUCCUUUUUUCCAACUUUGGAACUUGAGAGCACCUUCAGGUCGACUAAAGAGCCAAGAUGUCGGAAUCCGCAGAAGCCGUGGCCGCCGACGUGAAGAGCAGGAGGAGCGUCACCAUUGAGAUCACAAAUAUGACCAACAAUUACUGCCUCAUCAACCCCAAGGUACACCUGGAGAAUGGCGAGGUCUACAACCCACCUCAACCCACGGUGCGUCCCCAAAAGACAGAGGUGUGCACCUUCACCAAAUCUAGCGGCCACGCGACUGGCAGCGUCGGCGUCAUGACCUACGACCUCUUCGAGAGGUCUCAGAAGGACUUCAUUGAGACGGUGGCCAUCAUGUUCUCCGUGCCGUGGGACUACAACUUUUACAAGAACUGGUACGCCGUGGGCAUCUACAAGAAGGGCGUCAAGUGCAACGAAGACCUGUUCAAUCAGAUGUACAACGAGAAAAAGCAAUGCGAGCACGGCUUCAGGCGCGAGGAGGCCACCGGCACGGGGAUCAACUACGUUGGUAACUACCUAGAUGUCAAAGCCACCAUGGGCCCGAUGGGCAAAGCCAUCAUGAAAGUGGAAUUGUGGGAUAAGCUCUUCGCAUACUAGCACGCUUUAACAGAUGUAUUGUGUCUGAUGUGUGCCUCUUCCCCUUCAAUAAAUCAGCUUAAGAUCACAGUUUAGUGUGUUUAUACAUCCAGGCGGCAAUCCUGCCUUCCUUUAAAAGUUGAAGCCUCGUUCAACAGUGACAUCUUUAGAAAUGGAAAUGAAAGAACGGCUCACCGGUAAAACGAGGGCAGAUUGCUUAAUAAAAGCCUGUGUGUGUUUACCUUGACACUGAAGCGACGUGAGCAAAAUACUUUUUUUUUUUCCGUCAAAGCAGUUUGUCUGUUGAUUGAGUCGAUGCUGGGAAAACGCCGGAAAAUCUGAUUAAAAUUCAUGAAUGCAAAGUGGCCUGUUUGAUGGCGACGAACAUGUGUGUUUUGCGGCUUCUGAAGGGAGCUUGUUCAUACACACACAGACAUAUGUACACAAUGAAAAAGCCAACAUACCUGCACAAUACACGCCAAAUCAGGAUGUUCUCACGAAUACUUUGCCAGAAGUUGUGCAAAAAGUUCAUCGCUACGGUAUGCUCAAGUAUCGUAUUGGCCCGAAUAUAAGACGGUGUUUUUUGUAUUGAAGUAAGACUGAAAAAGUGGGAGUCGUCUUAUAUUCGGGGUCUAGGGCUA